AUACGGUUCUGGGCUGCUUCAUCUUAGGGAGUCAACGUUUCUUCACGUUCUGUCUUCUUUGGCUAUUAUGGUUUGUAAUGUGCGCCUCUGGCUUAAUUACAGGGCCUCUGCACCAGCUCAGACCAUGUGGACUGCGAAUGAGAUUGCAAGGCUGUGUUAUGAGCACUAUGGGGUCAGGCUGCCCAAGCAGGGGAAACCUGAGCCCAACCGCGAGUGGACUUUAUUAGCAGCUGUGGUGAAGAUCCAACGCACAGCUGACCAGGUCUGUGACUGCCCUGACAAACCACAGCAAGUAACGAGAGAAGUUGUCUCAAUGGGAACAGGAACAAAAUGCAUAGGCCAGUCCAAAAUGAGGAAGAACGGAGACAUCCUCAAUGACAGCCAUGCUGAGAUCAUAGCCAGAAGGAGUUUUCAAAGGUACCUUCUCCGUCAGCUCCAUUUGGCAGCCGCCCUGGAGGAGGAUAGUAUCUUUGUCCCAGGGACUCAGAGAGGACUGUGGAAACUCAGACCAGACCUCUUGUUUGUGUUUUUCUCCAGCCAUACUCCCUGUGGGGAUGCUUCCAUCAUCCCAAUGCUUGAGUUUGAAGAUCAGCCUUGCUUUCCUGUCAGUAGAGAAUGGGCCAGUGACCCAUCAGAAGCCAGUGGUAACCUGGAAACUCCUGAAAAUAAAAGGAAAUAUGAAGACCUGGACAGUACUGUGACCAAAAAGAUGAGGUUUGAGCCCGGGGCUCCUGAUGGUAUGGCUCACCAUCAGAGUUUUGGCAGUCAGAGAAGCGGCCCAGUCCCACCACGUGUCAGCAGCUCCAAUCUCACUGCAGAGGAAUUGGCUGCUGUCACCAGAAAGGCCCCCAAUGGUGCCAAAGUGGUGGACGUCUACAGAACUGGAGCCAAGUGUGUGCCUGGAGAAGCCGGAGACUCCGGGAGGCCUGGGGCUGCAUAUCACCAGGUGGGGCUGCUCCGAGUGAAGCCAGGCCGGGGAGACAGGACUCGCUCCAUGUCCUGCAGUGACAAGUUGGCACGGUGGAAUGUCCUCGGAUGCCAAGGGGCACUGUUGAUGCACUUCCUGGAAGAGCCCAUCUACCUGUCAGCUGUGGUCAUUGGGCAGUGCCCGUACAGCCAGGAGGCCAUGCAGAGGGCACUGACAGGGAGGUGUCAGGACGUCUCACCUUUACCCAAAGGCUUUGGAGUUCAAGAAGUGAAAAUACAGCAGUCAGAUUUACUAUUUGAACAGAGCCGCUGUGCAUUGCAGGCAAAAAGGGCUGACAGCCCAGGCCGACUUGUUCCUUGUGGGGCAGCCAUCAGCUGGAGCGCAGUUCCUGAGCAGCCAUUGGACGUCACUGCCAACGGCUUUCCACAGGGAACAACGAAGAAAGGAAUCGGACACCUUCAGGCCAGAUCGCGAAUCAGCAAAGUGGAACUCUUUAGAUCAUUCCAGAAGCUGCUAAGCAGUAUUUCAGAGGACAAAUGGCCAGACACACUCAGAUCUUGGCCAAAAAAUGAAAGAGUAGAAGCAGGACAAAACUGAAUCAAUACGACAUGAUUAUCAGUCUCCUCGAUUAUAAGACGGCAAGGACAGGGCUAAAGGUCAGGGCAGAGACGCAAAGAUGGCUCAGAGGAGCCGGACCCAAGUUUGAUCAAAGGAAAGAAUCUUCAUCAGAAAAAAAUAUUUUAACUGGGAAUAAGUAUUAAAAUAUUGCUCAGCAUGUCAGCCAUUCUUCAGCAGUCCGAGACCAUGGAGGGAUUCGGAAAGGGGUGUUGGCUGGCACUACACAGGAGGAUAUGCAUAAUGGAAAGUGGUUUGGGAAUGUGCACCCAAGAAAUUUCUAAUGGCUAGAUCCUCAGGUGGAAGUUAUAGAUGAUGAGAAAACUGUAAACCAAACAGUAGUCUCUUGUUUAUCUGAUUCCACCAGGACCAGACAAAAGUAGCAUUCUGUUUAUUCUUACCUGCUGUAGUCCAUGUUGCUGUCUAGUGAAUAUCCUACAAGGAGACCAAGUUGCUCUAAGAAAGCAGAGCAGAUUCCUCCCAUUCCUAAGUCUCCUGGUAUAAAUCUGUCCAGUUGAUCGCUCAGGUAUCUUGCUGGCCAUAGGGCUGAGCUGUCUGGUGAGAACCCAUGUGCCUGGUGGUGUGUGUAUGUUAGGUUGCAGAAGCUGGAGACAUACCAGGAGUACAAGGAGGCUGCGUCUGCUUACCAGGAGGCCUGGAACGUACUCCGGAAGCAGGCCUUUGGAUCCUGGAUCAGAAAUCCACCAGAAUAUCACCAGUUUAAAUGAGAAGGGAAAACUUGUGAAGAGCUUACUGUAGCAGAGUUUCCCACCAUUCAUACUGGAUUGCUGCUUCCUUUGUGCUGGACAAAGCUUAGCUUUCCUUCCAGCUGAGUCAGGAAAAAAGUUCGCCAUCUACCAGAGAGACACAUCUCUUCUGUGUAAUAUGAACGGAAUUCUGGAACAUGGGACAUCUGUACUUAAAGAAGCUCUAUGCUAAAAUGGCAUCUUGCUGAUGACCUUGCUAUCUGUCCUAACUUGUGUUUUAUUGCUAUUCUAAAACAUGGAAUAAGAAUUUGGAAUAUGAUGCUUUAAAAGCACUCUGUAGUAGCUCCAUUUUGUGUGGUUCUAUGAUGAUUCAGCUAGUAUUUAUUGGGCUGAGAUGGUGUUUGAAUCCACAGGUUUCAGAGCUUCACCUGGCAGCAUGGACAUACCAUUUUAUAUGCCCAGGCUUUCUUCCUGCAGAGAGCUCCCCUUUCCUGCCCUAUCCAUGGGACCUGGAUAAAGCAAACUUUACUCCAUGGAAUGUGAACCAGCCCUGCAGCUAUUGGCAGAUGCAGCAGGAAAGAUCAUCUCUCCCUGUGUAUCAGGAGCUGACUCUUGGGACUGCCAGGGGCUGCCUUUGCCACCACGGAGACAGCCCGCUUGAGAAUGAAGGCAGUAAGGAAGGAAACCGCCAAGGGAAUCAAAGCUCUAGUGACCUUGCUUGGAUUUCGGAAGCCUCUGGCCCACACUGGACUUCAAUAUGUGAGAUAAGUUCAUAUUGGUGUUUCAAGCACGCCUGUUUGAGUAGGUUUUCUAUGACUUUGAACUGAAAGAGUUCUGUCCAAAAGUCCCUGUUGGAAAUCAGCAACAGACCUAACAACCAACCUGUUUUAACAGACAUCUAAUAUUUAACUGCCAACCUCUUCACACCUCAAAUUAUUGACUGAAAGUGGAAAUUCUCCAUGCUGGGAUUACUCAAGGUCCUUGUCGGCUCUUGAGAAUUUUUGUAUAACUUUAAAUAUAUUUUAAUAGCAGUUUUAUUGAGAUAUGGUUCAUAUAACCAUAAAAUACACCCACUUAAAAUGUACGAUUUAGUGGUUUUUUAGUAUGUCAACAGAGUUGUGCAACCAUCACAGAUCAAUUUUAGAAUAUUUUUUGUUCCAAAUGGGGGGAACAUUAUUCAACCCAGUAUGGUACCAUUAGCCCCCACUUCCAGUUCCCCUCAACCCUCCUGGUUCUAGGGCAACCAAAAAUCUACUUUCUGCCUCUAUGGAUUUGCCUAUUCUGAACAAUUCAUAUAAAUGGAAUAGGUGGUGUUCCUGGCUUCUUUCUGUGACUGGCUUCUUUGACUUAGCGUGUUUUUAAGAUUCUUGAUGUCAUAGCAUGAAUUAGCACUUUAUUCCUUUUAUGGAAUAAAAACAAAUCAAUUUAUGGAUGUAUUAUGUCUUGUUUAAUCAUCAGGUGAUGGACAUUUAGGUUGAUUCCAUUUUUUGGCUACUGCAGAUAGUGCUACUCUGAACAUGUGUGUACAAGUUUGUGUGUGAGCAUGCGUUCUUAAAUUUUUUUGCCUACAGAAGUAAUACAUGUUUGUCCUAACAAA